AUGGCUCCUCCACCAGCCCGCAUUAUCGAUGACCCGGCCUACAAUGCUCGGCAGCUGCUGGACGUGCACCGACAGGGUUGGGGUUACCAAUGCUUGCUGGAUUGGGAGGGUUAUGGCCCUGAGGAGCGUAGCUGGGUGCCCCACAGCAACAUCUUGGAUGCGUCCUUGGUCCAACAUUUCCAUGAGGAGCACCCGGAAAGACCUGGUGCCAAAUAUGACGACCCUUUGUCCCCUGACUGGGUUCCAUCCAUCUUCUCACACAUUCCAGCCACCAAGAAGAGGAAAAGGGAGAAAGACAUGGAACGGUAUGAGCAGCACAGCAGAAUGAAGAACAAGAGGGUGGAGGAGAAAAAGAAGAAAGAUGCAGUGGAUGUCCUCCUUGACCUGUCAUCAGUACCAGAUGCUGGACCUGCGCCACCUGCUGUGGAUGAACAACAGUGUGACAACAAGCCAUGCAAGGAAAAGAUUGCAAGAUUACAAAGGGAGUGUAAUGACCUCAGAGAGGAAAACCGUAAACUGAAAGAAAUUAUUAAAUCAGGAACAUUUGAUGAACUGGCUUUUGAAAAAGAUGAUGAAAAAGUGAAGGCAAUGACUGGAAUCCCCUCAUAUUCAAAGUUACAAGUAGUUUUAACAUUUGUGUUUUCAUUUCUGCAGACUGGUACAAACCUCUCUCCCUUCCAACAAAUUCUGUUAACUCUUAUGAGGCUGAAAAUGAACCUUCCCCUGUCAUUGCUUGGUUGUAUGUUUAAGAUCUCAAUUCCCACUGCCAGCAGAACAUUUAGAAGCACCAUUGAAGUGCUGAAUGCAAGACUUGCUCCAGCACUUUUGUUUUGGCCAAAUCGAGAGGAGCUUCAGUUGUCAAUGCCUAUGAUAUUUAGACAGGUUUUUCGUAAAUGUGCUUAUAUUAUUGACUGCUUUGAAAUUUUUAUUGAAAGGCCUAGAAACCUAAGAGCACGAGCACAGACAUACUCAAAAUACAAACAUCACCAUACCAUGAAAUAUCUAAUUGGCAUUACACCACAAGGAACAGUUUCUUUUAUAUCAAAAGGAUGGGGUGGGAGAACAUCAGACAAACACUUGACUGAAAGAAGUGGAUUUUUGGAUCACCUCAACCCAGGUGAUGUCAUACUAGCUGAUAGAGGGUUUGAUGUGGCAGACUCAGUUGGUCUGUACAAUGCUGAGCUUAAGAUCCCAGCUUUCACUAGAGGCAAAAAGCAGUUGGGUCCAGUGGAAUUAGAGUCCACACGAGGACUUGCAUCAGUUAGGAUACAUGGGUUUUUCUAGAAAAAAAAAGUAGCAGGGAGCAGACCCCUGCGCAAAGCCGAGGGAGCAACACGACCGAGGCGGGGGAUGGUGUGGAAGGGGGGUCUCCCCCUUCCACGGCGCGAAGCCUUUGAAAAAAUAAUGA